ACUUUCAUUCCGACCGUUUCCAUUCGGUCGGGCUUUUCUUUACUUAUGGAGAAGAAAAAGAGUUUGGAAGAGGUAGAUGGCCGGUUGCAACAACAUUUGGUUCUUCUUCUUGCUAUUGUUUUAGGGUUUCUGAUAAUGGAUCCUUUUGACAUGAGUCCAGUUGGUGGACAUGAUUUCCGACCUGUGAAAAACGAUAUUGCACCAUAUGACCAAGUGAUGGAGAGUUGGCCAGCAGACAAUCUUAGCCGGCUAGGGCUUGGGAACUUGGAACAUGUGGAUAAAGUGUUUGGACCCGAGUCCUUGGAAUUUGAUCCAUUGGGAAAUGGGCCCUAUACUGGUAUGGCUGAUGGUCGGAUUGUGAAGUGGGCAGGCGAAGAUCGAGGAUGGGUAACAUUCGCUCUUGUUUCGCGAGAUUGGUCAGAAAAGUUAUGCAUGACCGGAAAAGACUCAACGACAUACAAGCAAUGGAAAAUGGAAGCAUUAUGUGGACGACCACUAGGAUUGAGGUUUGAUAAAAGUAGCGGAAAUUUAUACAUUGCUGAUGCGUACUAUGGGCUUAUGGUGGUUGGUCCUGACGGUGGCUUAGCAACACCAUUGUCCACCCAUAUGGGUGGAGAGCCGAUACUCUUUGCAAAUGACCUUGAUAUACAUAGUAAUGGAUCUAUCUUCUUCACAGACACCAGCCAGAAGUACAAUAGAGUGAACCAUUUCUUUAUAAUGUUGGAAGGGGAGGCAAGUGGAAGACUACUUAGAUAUGACCCUCCAACAAAGUCAACUCAUGUUGUAUUAGAUGGCUUGGCUUUCCCGAAUGGGGUUCAAUUGUCGAAGGACGAAUCUUUUCUUUUGUUCACCGAGACUACAAACUGUCGGCUUAUGAAACUAUGGUUAAAGGGUGAAAAGAAAGGCAAAGUCGAACUUGUGGCAAACUUACCUGGUUUCCCCGACAAUAUAAGAAUAAACGAUCAAGGCCAGUUUUGGGUAGCUAUUGAUUGUUGCAGGACAAAAGCUCAAGAAAUCUUGACAAAUAACCCUUGGAUGAGGAGUGUGUACUUUCGUUUGCCAUUUCAAAUGCGUUAUUUGGCUCGAAUAAUGGGAAUGAAAAUGUACUCAGUGAUAUCUCUUUUUGAUGAACAUGGGAAGAUCUUGGAUGUUCUUGAAGACAAGGAGGGUGUAGUGAUGAAACUGGUUAGUGAAGUUAGGGAAGCUAAUGGGAUGUUGUGGAUUGGCACGGUUGCUCAUAAUCAUAUCGCAACUCUACCUUACCCUUGA